CAAUGGCACAACGCCAUGAUGUUUUCGUCCAAUUCAACCCUUGAGCCCUCAUCUACCGGAGUUGAGGAAGGGUAUUGCUUCCUCAAUCGACGCCGUUUGUGGCCAGGCACGGCCGACGGCGACGGCCGGGGUGAUGGAGUGUGGCCGGGGUUACGGUCAGAGGCCGAUUGGCCGGCUUGGCGAGAAUUGGGCGAUGGGGUAGCCGAAUCGGAAUCCGAGACAAUCAUGGCGGCGAUAGAAGGAACUGACCUGGACAGGAAGAAGAACGAGUCGGGUGAGCAGCGGAGUUGCAGACGAACGGUAGUGAAGAAGGCGAAAGGAAGAGAUGGCGUCCAGCGGCGGUUUUUAACUGACAACAGGGAGGCGAAUCGGCAGGCCAUGAUUACUUAUUUGUUGAAAUCGUGCCCAAGUGUCGUGCGGAAUCCAAGGAACGGCCCGGAUCCCCGCUGGAGCGUCCACGUGGACUUUGCAAACUCCCCACUCCUCCGCUUGGCCCAGCUGAGGACUGAGGAGUUGGGGGGCUUAUGAUGGGCCGAUAUCAGGAGGACGGCCCAAAUGAACCAUUUAAGCAGCUUCGGGUCAAGCACCUGUGGAAUACUCAAGCUGGGCCGGCCCAAGGAGCUGGGCCUAGUUAACCUCAGGCCAAGCGCAGCUGGUAGAGCCAAUCCGGAGAAGGAGACGGAGCUGAUUGGCUGUUACGGAGCCGGGAAAAGGGGAUCGCGCCCUUGGCGGGAUAGACUCCAUCGGUUAUGCAUUACCUUAAUUGUUGAGAGCUCAUGUAUAAAUAGAGGGGACCCGA